ACUCACAGAAAUCUCGUGAUAUUAUUGUCCUGUGUUGGAUAGCAGUAGUUUCACCGUUUUUCGAUUGACUAUUCACUUAUUGUUUAUUUUGAGAAUAUCAGUUAACAUGGCAGAUCCAAGAAUACGACAGAUUAAAAUCAAGACUGGCGUAGUAAAGCGGCUGGUGAAGGAGAAGGUCAUGUAUGUCAAGGAGACCAGGCAGCAGGAGGAGAAGAUUGAACGACUGAAAGCAGAGGCCUGCGACGAAGAGGCCGACUCCGAGGCCAGGUAUGUCAUCAAGAAACAGUUGGAGGUGCUACAGGAGUCCAAGAUGAUGGUUCCAGACUGUCACAGGCGUUUGACCAUAGCACACGCAGACCUGUCCCAGAUACUAGAAACAGAAGAGGACUUGGCUGAAGCAGAGGAGUACAAAGAGGCCAGGACCGUAUUGGAUUCAGUGAAGCUUGAAGGAUGAUGUUCUCACUCUGUAAUGCACUACUUAAAUGUCUAUUUCAUUCAUCAAGGCUUGUUUGGAAACACAGACAAACAAAAUCGUUCAGCAUCUUUUUCUCUUUAUCUCGCUCUUUUUUUUAUUUUUUAUUUCUACAUUUGAAAACAACGUGCAGUCUGAUGUCGACAUCCUUCUCCUGAGUGUACAAUCUCACACAAGCAGCAAAUAAAAACCUAUUUCUUUUCUUAACAUGGGGGUUUGCUUGGUUUGUUUCUUCAACUAUACAGCUGCAAAUUAAGCCUGGUUGUAUUGUUUAACUCAUAUUAAAGCUAUACAAUAG